GUGGGUAUUGCGUAAAGCUUCGUGUUUAAGUUGAGAUGGCGGCUCUUCUAGAGACGAUUAAAAAGGAGUCACUAUCUAAAGAACCUACUGUGGAUGAUUUGGACAACGAACAGUAUGAGGGCUUUUUAUUGCAAAAAAUUCGCGAGGGAAAUGUUAAAGAUAUUUCUGACGCCUUUGAAAACCCCGAGCAUCCUGUUUACAGCGAAAUGCAAAAUGAGCUCAAGACAUUUGACAGUGAAGGAAAAAGUCCAAUUGAUUUAGCUGUGUGCCUUGGACGGCACGAAAUUCUGCAAGAAUUACACAAGAGGGGGGCAUCUAUAAAUGAUGCCACUGAGACAGGCUAUACUCCCCUGCACCGGGCGGCAGCAUGGAACAGGCUGUCCUGUGUGAGGUAUCUGGUGCAGAAUGAUGCCAACAUCAAUGCGGUCACAGUGCACAAGGAGCGCCCGAAGGACAUCGCGGAGAGGUACAAGAACAACGAAUGCAAGUGGUACUUGGAGUGGGCCGAAGUCAAACAGGAUCUCAUCAGGUUUCUGAAAGACAUGCGUGACACUGUGAUGGAGCCCGACCGUAUUCUGGGUCGACUCACCAAAGACGACAAGAACCAGACUCUGGCUGUGUGUCAGGAGAAGAUAGACUGGGCCGAGAGUGCUCAUGACGUCACGAGUGAGGAGAUCCGAGAAAAAAGGCGCGAAAUUGAAAACUUCUUAGAACACGUCGUGCACAAAUUGAAUGAACCACCUGCCGAUAAAGUACAACGAAAAUAAAUAUAUUGAAACCAACUGUCGAUAGAAACUGUAAAUACUGAUUUGUAAAACAUCUCUGUCAAUAUGUACAUAUGUUAGAUAAGUAUAGCGCCAGCAAUUCGUAGAAUUUAAAAAGUAUAGCAGACUCUUCAAGCCGA